GUCGACAACAUGGGGAAAGCCAAAAAAACUCGCAAAUUUGCUGCGGUCAAACGGAUGCUGAAUCCCAAUGAUAUCCGCCUGAAAGAAAAUCAGGCGAAACAAAAGCAAAAAGAGGAAGUAGCGAAGGAGAAGCUUGUACGCCGAGUACCUCAAGUUGCUAGUUCGCUCUUCCUGCAACACAACGAUGCCCUUGUUCCCCCAUACCGUGUUCUCAUUGAUACCAACUUCAUCAACUUCAGCCUGCAAAACAAACUGGAGCUCGUCAGUGGCAUGAUGGAUUGCCUAUACGCCAAGUGCAUACCAUGUGUGACGGACUGCGUUAUGGCCGAACUGGAGAAGCUUGGACAGAGAUAUCGUGUAGCACUAAGGGUUGCUCGAGAUCCACGCUUUGAGCGUUUAUCCUGCACGCACACCGGAACAUACGCAGAUGACUGCCUCGUCCAACGGGUAACCUCCCACCGGUGCUAUGUCGUCGCCACUUGCGAUCGCGAGCUGCGUCGACGCAUUCGACAAGUACCGGGAGUGCCGCUCAUGUACAUUGUCCGCCGGCGGUAUGCGAUCGAGAGAUUGCCUGACCAGGGCGCCCCAGCAUGAUCCGUCUAGUGCCGUGUAUGUCGUCUCUUUGCGUUCUAUUGUAGCCAUAUCACUUUGUCCAUGUGGAGUUAAUUGUGUACGUCUCUCCAUCGAAAACAUGCGCCCCACAAUUCUCUCAUGCACGAGAGCCGUGC